CCUAUGGCUCUGUUGUUUUAAAAGGAAGCUAUAAAGACAACACGCCUGUACCAAUAAAGAGAGUACACCGAGCUAUUGUUGAACAUGCCAUUGUGAUUCCCGUGAAUGAAUUCAAAACAACCGUUAUCUGGUGUUACUGUAAUGGAAGGGUUGACAAUGUUGUUCGUCAUGUCCGUCUAUGCAAUCACAGAUAAAUAGGAAAAAGCGUACAUUUGUCAUUGAUUUUAAUCUAUGUGGCGCACAUAGAAAGAAAAAACAUCGUUCAAGCUACCAAGAAAAUAGGCCUGCUGAAAAGUAUUCUACUUGGAAGUGCUUUGAUAAGGACAAUCACAUCCUGUAUCGUACAAGUGAAUGUCCUGGCAGAGGACUAGGUAGUUAUACGCAUUGUUUUAUUGAAGCCAAUACUCAUCGUGUUAUUUUUCUGCUAGAGCGCAACCGUGUUGUCUAUGUGUUGAAGCUGCGUCCCCAAUGUUCGGCAGUACAAGAACAUGAUCUAGUAAGUAGUCAUUUCUUUUAUCGUGUUCAUUCAAGACGAAUGUUUUGGUUUUUUUUUUUUAGUACUGGAACCGAGAUGUUAACGCCGCAUGUAAAAAAAGAAGUUUCUUAUGUGAAUAUAUACGUUCGGGUUAUGAUAUCAACAGCAGGCUGCAACAGCUCUCAAGAGAUCAAGAUGACCAAGGUGCCUAGAAAAGCGCCAUCAGCAACACUACCAAAAGUUAACUGGUAAGUAAAUUCUUUUUUCAAGAAUAACAGUCCCAAAAGCUAAUGUCAUCUUUUUUGGGGCGUAUUUACGUAAAAACCUUUGAAUGGUAUAAAACUUGGUUCCCAUCAUAUCUUUUCAUUCGUCUUUUUAUUU